AUGGCCGCACACGCCUGGGGGUGUGGGGCGCCCGCGAGCAAGAUGGAGUCAUACAGGCCGACCAAGAAGGACAAGGUGGCGCUGCUGUCGAAGCUGGCGGAGAGGCCGAAGAACAGGAAGCAGGUCUACGUCCUCGACGACGACACCGAGAUGGAGGUGAACCUGGGCGACUUCCUGAACCGCAUCGCCCCGAACUGGGUCCGGGGGAUGCGCCAGAACACGAAGCUGUCGGCGGAGGAGAUGAAGGUCGUGGAGCGCGCGCCGUGGUUCAAGGAGUGGCUGAAGGAGCGCAUCGCGAAGCGGGAGCGCGAGAGCGAGACAUACCUGACUGACUGA